GAUUAUUCAUCCAAUUCUUCCAAUUCGAACUAACACUGAUAAAAUCCAACACGCUUUCAUAUAUCGCUGUUUCUGCACCACACACAGUGGCCUCCUCCCGAGCUACUACUUUUCUCUCCCCCGCUCGGCACUGUGAAUUUUGCAGACGGCUCCAAAAUCAAUUUGCUCCCACAAAAUUAAGGAGAGAAAAAAAAAAGAAGCUAAAUCGAAAGCAAGGUGAAAAAUUCGCAUCGCGGAAAAGGUAAUGAAAAUGGUUGCAUCGCAGAUUGUAAAUACAUACCCUUUGUCAAGCUACACCUUCGGCACCAAGGAGCCCAAAAUGGAGAAAGAUACCUCCGUCGCCGAUCGCCUCGCCCGCAUGAAAGUCAACUACAUGAAGGAAGGUAUGAGGACCAGCGUCGAGGGAAUUCUGCUGGUUCAAGAGCAUAAUCAUCCUCAUAUUCUUCUUUUGCAAAUUGGAAAUACAUUCUGUAAACUUCCAGGGGGCAGGUUGAAGCCAGGAGAGAAUGAGAUUGAGGGGUUGAAAAGGAAAUUAUCAAGUAAACUUGCUGCUAAUUCCCCUUCUCUUCAGCCAGACUGGCAGAUUGGUGAGUGUGUGGCUAUGUGGUGGAGACCAAAUUUCGAAACUAUUAUGUACCCUUAUUGCCCUCCACACAUCACAAAGCCUAAGGAAUGCAAGAAGCUUUUCCUUGUUCAUCUGUCUGAACGUGAGUAUUUUGCUGUGCCAAAGAACUUGAAGCUCCUUGCUGUUCCAUUAUUUGAACUAUAUGACAAUGUUCAGAGAUACGGACCUGUUAUAUCUACCAUUCCACAGCAGCUAUCGAGGUUUCAGUUCAACAUGAUCCAUCAAUAGAUUCUUCAGGGACUGAACUAAAACCAGUCGAAAAUUGAAAGCGACUAAUUAUCUUGAGGAUGAGCUUGUCAAAUUAUGCUUCUUAUCAUAUAAUUUCUCCCUUAUAGUGGAAGGACCUCGCUAAACUUGCCUUCUAUUUUCUAAUAUUAUCGAAACUAUUGAUCAUCCAAUUUGAAUUUGGGUGGAUUUUCGUGGAACUGCCUAGAACUUAAGUACGAUGUUUGUGUUGCUGAGUUCCUUUCAUUUUCUGAACAUAUGUUUUUUGGCAUAUUGAUAGUACUAUGUACAAUUUAUUUAAUCUCGGAGGCAAACUAAAUUUGGAAAGUGACCUGUGCAGUUGUAUUGGAUUAUGUGCUGAUAUGUAACAAAUUAGGGCUGUUUUAGUCACAGAAUUGUGAGCUCUAGUGGUCUUGAGCCCUUUUAGACAUUUAAUACAUGUAAUAAUAAAGUAACACAGAGCAGUUUGUAAAUGUAGCUUCUGGUUUUCAUGUAUAAAAAUUAAAUUUUGCUGUAAUUACUGGCAUGUGUUAGUUGUGUCUGCGGAAAAAAUC